AGAGAGUGAGCUUCCAUUGAGCUCAGUAUGCCAGAAAACCCUAAAAGGGAAAAAACUGAGAAACCUUGAUGCUGUAGUUCGCGGGACUGCUCUGUUAAUUCUUCCCCCCGUCGUCUCAAAGAAUCAAGAUGAGGCCUCUAGACGAGACUGAAACGGAUGCUGUUUUCAGGAAGCUACACUCUUUCACCGGCCACAAUCUCAAGAACAUUGUCGAGAACCCUUCACACGAAGGACCUGAACCAAAUCCCGGUCGCUACUGCUUCAGGCUCCACAAGAACAAGGUCUACUACGUCAGCGAGUCCUUGGUGAAGCGAGCCACUAAUAUAAGCCGUAAGAAUUUGGCUUCACUCGGUACUUGCAUAGGCAAAUUCACGCAUGGAGGCAGCUUUCACUUGACGAUUCAGGCCUUGAAUCUAUUGGCUGCAAAUGCCAAACACAAAGUUUGGUUAAAACCCACUUCGGAAAUGUCGUUUCUUUAUGGGAAUCAUGUGUUGAAAGGUGGAUUGGGGAGGAUUACUGACAGUAUUUCCAAGAAUGAUGGGGUUGUGGUGUUCUCUAUGUCUGAUGUGCCUUUAGGAUUUGGUUCCGCCGCGAGAUCCACCCAGGAUUGCAGGAAGUUGGAUCCUAAUGGAAUCGUGGUGCAUCACCAGGCGGAUAUUGGUGAAUAUUUGAGGAUGGAGGAUGAACUUUGAUAGAAUUGAAGGUCUCUCUGGGGUUUUAGGAGGGUUUUUGGGACGUGGGUCGGUGUUGAUGAUACAGAGACAUGUUUAAUGUUAGUGUAUCUUACCUAAUUUUGAGUAAUAUGAGAUUGUUAUGGUUUUCUGGAAAUUUAAUGAACUGGGUUCUCCUUUA